UGGAGGCCGAGGAGAAAAGGCGGCGGUCUGGCCGGGGCGGAGGCUCAGAGGGGUCGGACGGGCCGGGCUCCGUGCUUGGUUCGGUUGCGGUGACGGUGCGGAGUCGCCGGGCGCGACGGCCAGGGCAGCCGGGGCCUGAGCGGCGCUGCGGGCGCGCGGGCCGAGCUGGACUGGCCAUUAUGGAAGAAGAGGUGCAGCAGCACUCACACUGUGUGAACUGUGUCAGUAGACGGUGUAUGACCAGACCAGAGCCUGGGAUUUCCUGUGACUUGAUUGGUUGUCCUUUGGUUUGUGGAGCAGUUUUCCAUUCUUGUAAAGCUGAUGAGCAUCGACUCUUGUGUCCCUUUGAACGAGUACCUUGCUUAAAUAGUAACUUCGGGUGUCCAUUUACCAUGGUGCGAAAUAAAGUCGCUGAACAUCUAGAAGUGUGUCCUGCAAGUGUGGUGUGCUGUACAAUGGAAUGGAACCGAUGGCCAGUUAGUUACGCAGACCGGAAAUCAUAUGAAAAUCUAAGCAGAGAUGUUGAUGAAGUGGCACAAUUAGACAUGGCCUUGGCUCUUCAAGAUCAAAGAAUGCUGUUGGAAUCUCUCAAAGUGGCCACCAUGAUGUCAAAAACAACUGAUAAAAUAUCUGAACCUAGAGAACAAAUUUCAGUGAAAUCAAGUGUUCAGGAAAUGCCAUGUACUAAUGGGUUGGUAUCUGUUGAUGAAGAAUCUUAUGGUGCACUUUAUCAAGCUACUGUAGAAACAACCAGAAGUUUGGCUGCUGCUUUAGAUAUCCUGAAUUCUGCCACAAGAGACAUUGGCAUAUUAAAUACAAGUCUUCAUGCCACCACAAAUGACAUGGAUGAGAAUAACAGAGAUAGCGUUCAGGACAGAAACUUAAAAGACCAGGACCACCUUCAUGAGGAUGAGAUAGGAGCAGUAGGUGGAGUUGACCAUAAUGGCACAAGUCAGAAUGCUCAGUUUGAACAAAAUGGUUCAAGUGAUUUACUGUGUGACUUACGUGCAAGUUCUGUUGGUACUUCUACUCUUUGUAAUGGCUUUCCUUUGGAAAAAACGUGUUCACCGGUCAAAGACCAGGAUCACAGUUUUCCUGCUGAUUCCAUGGAAAGAAAUAUAGAAAAUGGAGAAUGUGCAGCAGCAGAUGGUACUUCAGAACCUUCCAGUUCACUUUUAGUAGCAGCACAACUUAGGGAAAUAAUUCCUUUCAGUGCUUUGCCAGAUAGCACAUUUCAACAUAUCCUCAUGCCACAUGAAGAUGGUGAGGAGGACUUGUAUUGGAAGAAGGUAGACUUAGGGAGCUUGAAGGAUCUUGAUGAAUCACCCUUCAGUCAUGCUCCUUCAUUCAAGUUUCUUUCUAAUUCAUGGUAUAUACCAAAGGAAGACAAAGCCGUUGAUACAUCAGAUUUAGAAGUUGCAGAAGAUCCCAUGGACCUCCAAGGAAUAGAUCUGAUUACAGCAGCAUUACUGUUUUGUCUGGGAGAUUCUCCAGGUGGGAGGGGUAUAUCUGAUAGCCGUAUGGUUGAUGUUUAUCAUGUUGACUUUGGAACACAGACUUUUUCACUUCCAUCUGCAAUAUUAGCUACAGAUACAAUGGUUGGAGAAAUAGCUUCAGCUUCAGCAUGUGAUCAUGCCAAUCCACAGCUUUCAAAUCCAAGCCCUUUUCAGACACUUGGGCUGGAUUUAGUUUUGGAAUGUGUUGCUAGGUACCAGCCUAAGCAGCGUUCAAUGUUUACCUUUGUAUGUGGACAGUUGUUUAGAAGAAAAGAAUUUUCUUCCCAUUUUAAGAAUGUGCAUGGUGACAUUCAUGCUGGACUCAAUGGGUGGAUGGAACAGAGGUGUCCUUUGGCUUACUAUGGUUGUACCUACUCUCAGCGUAGAUUUUGUCCAUCAACACAAGGAGCAAAGAUUAUACAUGAUCGCCAUUUAAGGUCAUUUGGAGUUCAGCCAUGUGUAUCUACAGUAUUAGAAGAGCCAUCUAGAAACUGUGUGUUGGGAUUACGUAGUGACCAUCUAAGCAGUCUCCCAUUCGAGGUACUGCAACAUAUUGCAGGCUUUCUUGACGGCUUCAGUUUAUGCCAGCUUGCGUGUGUAUCUAGGCUAAUGAGAGAUGUGUGUGGCAGUCUACUUCAGUCUCGUGGAAUGGUAAUAUUGCAGUGGGGGAAAAAGAAGUAUCCAGAAGGAAAUUCAUCGUGGCAGAUAAAGGAAAAGGUAUGGCGAUUCAGUACUGCAUUUUGUUCUGUUAAUGAAUGGAAAUUUGCUGACAUCCUAAGCAUGGCUGACCACUUGAAGAACUGCAGUUACAAUGUUAUAGAGAAACGGGAGGAAGCAGUCCCACUGCCGUGCAUGUGUGUGACUCGAGAGCUCACUAAAGAAGGACGUUCACUCCGCUCAGUUUUAAAACCCGUGCUUUAAGAACUGUGUUUACUUGCAUAUACAGGCAAGCACCUGGUCUGAGUUCUUUGUAAUAUGUGACCUUGUAUUAAUGUAUUAAAGACUACAACUAGCUAAAUUUAUUGUCACUAUGUACAUACUGUUUUGCUGUGACAUAUAUUUUUAUAAUGUACUGUUAGUUGGAAAAAAUUGCCUUAAUAUUUGAAAUGUGUGAAAUUGUUGGAACAUUGCUAGACAGGGUAAUUAAUCUUUAUCAGCAUAAUUUUUCAAAUUACUAAUUUUAAUGGUGUGCAUAUUUAAGUUCUAAAAAUUUUUGUUUCUCAAACUGAAAAGAACUUGACCAAAAAAUUUAUUGUUUAUGUUUUCUGUGGGUUGAAGCCCAUACUAUCAGAAGCAAAACUUUGAUUCAAAAUUUUUCCUGCAUAGAUUUUUUUUUCACAGAACACAUUCAGUUAUUUAAACACUGCCAGAAGAUUGUUACUAAGUUUUUCUGAUACUUUUCUAAUUAGUGAUCGUAUGUGAUCUCCAGUACUUACCUAAAGGCACAAUAAUGACUUCAUGCUUUUAAAGCAACUCACAGAAAUGCGUUCAUCCUCUUUUUCUUACUGCUCUUAUGCUGAAAAUGAUCAUGUUCAGUUCUUUUUUCAUUAAAUUACGUAUCUGAAGAGUCAA